CCAGCCAAUCGCCCGGCGUACCGCCCUAAACCCCUCCCCCUCGCCUCCCGUGGAUCAGCUGAGGGACCCGAGAUGUCUGUUGACAGCGGCGGCGGCUGUGUGGCCGGUUCCGGGAUCCUCGCAGGGCGGGGGAUGUGAGUCCUAUGGAGCAACCCGGAGAAGAGGAGCAGCAGCCACCGCAGGAGCCCUGGGGGAGGCUCCUUCGUCUAGGCGCGGAGGAGGACGAACCUCAAAUCCUUCUGUGGAAACGCGAGUGGACCAUCGGAAGGAGGAGAGGUUGUGACCUCUCUUUCCCCAGCAAUAAACUGGUCUCUGGAGAUCACUGUAAACUUAGAGUGGAUGACAAAUCUGGUCAGGUGACCCUGGAAGACACCAGCACCAAUGGAACAGUAAUCAACAAGCUGCAAGUUGUUAAGAAGCAGACUUACCCUUUACAGAGUGGGGAUGUCAUCUAUUUGGUAUACAGGAAGAAUGAGCCAGAACACAAUGUGGCAUACCUCUAUGAAUCUUUAAAUGAAAAACAAAGCUUGCCUCAAGAAUCCUUUGAAGCCAAUAAAGAAAAUAUGUUCCAUGUGACCAAAGACUCCUCAGGUCCAGGGCAGGGUGAUGACCUCCAGGUUCCACCAUUGUCACCCAUGGCUCAAACAUGCUUAGAGGAACCACAGCCAUCAACAUCGACAUCAGACCUCUUCCCCACGGCCUCUACCUCUUCUAUGGAGCCAGAGCUGACCUCUGCAGGGCAAAAGCAUUCCUCUAGCUCUGGACUUGGGAAUGCAGGCAUUUCCCUAAAAGAAUGUAGUUCACUUAUUGCAAAUGGUGAACUCUCCAGCCUUUCUCCAGUUCUCCAAGACAAAGAAACACCCUUUUCUUUGGAAACUGAAGACCAUGAGGAAUUGGAGCCUGCCAAAAAAAGGAUGAAAGGAGAUGGGGAGCUUGACUUAAACCUGCAGUUAUUGAUUGCAGACCAACAUGGAAAUGCGCAAACCUCACGUGAGGAUGUCAGAGUUGCCUCUGUGAAGCCAGACAAGAUGGAGGAGACACUAACCUGCAUCAUCUGUCAAGACCUUCUGCAUGACUGUGUGAGUUUGCAGCCUUGUAUGCACACAUUUUGUGCAGCUUGCUACUCUGGCUGGAUGGAGCGUUCAUCUUUGUGCCCUACCUGCCGAUGUCCAGUGGAGCGGAUCUGCAAAAACCACAUCCUGAACAACCUUGUGGAAGCAUACCUUAUUCAGCACCCAGAUAAGAGUCGCAGUGAAGAAGAUCUGAGAAGUAUGGAUGCAAGAAAUAAAAUCACUCAAGAUAUGCUGCAACCCAAAGUCAGGAGGUCUUUCUCUGAUGAAGAGGGGAGUUCAGAGGACCUGCUAGAGCUGUCAGAUGUUGAUAGUGAAUCCUCAGACAUCAGUCAGCCAUAUAUUGUAUGCAGACAGUGUCCUGAAUACAGAAGGCAAGCAGUGCAGUCUCUUCCUUGCCCAGUCCCAGAAAGCGAGCUAGGAGCUACACAGGCCCUUGGUGGGGAAGCACCAUCAACAUCUACCAGCUUGCCAGCGGCAGCCCAGGAUUAUAUGUGCCCUCUUCAAGGAAGCCAUGCCAUAUGUACCUGUUGCUUCCAGCCUAUGCCUGACCGGAGAGCUGAACGUGAGCAGGAUUCCAGUGUUGCCCCUCAGCAGUGUGCAGUGUGCCUACAACCCUUCUGCCAUUUGUACUGGGGUUGCACCCGGACUGGCUGCUUUGGCUGCUUGGCUCCAUUCUGUGAGCUCAACCUGGGGGACAAGUGCUUGGAUGGAGUGCUGAACAAUAACAACUAUGAGUCGGACAUCCUGAAGAAUUACCUGGCAACCAGGGGUCUGACAUGGAAAAAUAUGUUGGCAGAGAGUCUCCUAGCUCUACAGCGGGGUGUAUUUCUACUGUCUGAUUACAGAGUCACUGGAAACACUGUACUGUGUUACUGCUGUGGUCUGCGCAGCUUCCGAGAGCUGACCUACCAGUAUCGGCAGAACAUUCCUGCUUCAGAGUUGCCAGUGACUGUAACAUCCCGUCCUGAUUGCUACUGGGGCCGUAACUGUCGCACUCAGGUGAAGGCUCACCAUGCAAUGAAAUUCAAUCACAUCUGUGAACAGACAAGGUUCAAGAACUGAGCGUUGGAGGAUACACAUAAAACAGUUACAGAGCACAGGAGGCAAUAACACUAUGUUUUUAAAAAUACCACAUACAGACACAUUAAGGGCAUUUUUCAAGUUCUCCCUUUAGAGUUCCAGCACUGGUUUCUGGUCAGGCACUCUGGUAUGGCUUUUCCCUCUGUGGAGCUUUAACCUCAGUCACACACACACAC